AGCAAAACGGGAAAAGCUAACACAGUCGCACAAAAAUGGCUAAUGUAAUGAAGCCUCUGAUGAAUUGGCCAAAAUGGCAUCACUAUUUAUACGUUCGCGCUUCAUUCAUCCACUUUGUUCAAUCUCAAUCUCAAUCUCCACUCUUCUCAACCUGCAAUGUUCGCCGACUGCCGUCGUUCACGGCAUCACCUUCCGGUUACCGGCAAGCUCAUUUUCGUUCCGGCGCGGCACUUAAAUCACGUGAAAGUCCAUUACCGUUAGAUCAAUCAGAGGGCGACAGCGAUUCCGAUGAAAAAACAAGGAAGAGUCGUAACGAGAAGAAGCGUGAAGCUCGACGCGCCGUCCGGUGGGCUAUGGAUUUAGCUAAGUUCUCUGCUCCUCAAAUUAAGCGCAUUCUCAGAGUGGCUUCAACGGAGCAAGAGGUAUACGAAGCCGUUAUGCUGGCCAAGAGACUAGGUCCUGAUGUACGAGAAGGAAAGCGAAGGCAAUUCAGUUACAUAGGUAGAUUAUUGCGAGAAGUUAAGCCUGAAUUGAUGGAUGGUUUAAUUCAGGCAACAAAAGAUGGAGACCAAACUAAAUUUCAGGCUUUAUCUGGUUCGGAACUUUCGGCUACCGAAGAUGUUGAUGAGGAAGUUGAAGAGACUGAAUAUGAGGAUGACGAAGAGAGUUCUGAGGACAAUAUUGCUUUAGCCGAUAGAUGGUUUGAUGGCUUGGUCAAUAAGGACGUUGACAUCUCUAAAGAAAUCUAUUCUCUAAGUGAGGUUGAUUUUGAUCGCCAGGAGUUACGUGGUCUUGUUAGGAAUGUACAAUCAAUACGUGAAAAAAGGAGCAAAUCAGACGAGGGGGAAGGAAAAGUAAACACUGAUGUUGUCCGUGCAGAAAGGUCUCUCACACGUUUCCUUCGAGACCUAGCGAAACAGCUUCACAGCUAAAUAGAAUAUCAGAUUCAUCUGUGAGAGUAUACUCCAUGCUGGCCAUCAUUAGAUCCUCAAAAAGUACAUUAAAAUGUAUUUGUAAUAUUUCCUAGUACAUGCAUGUACUAUCUGGAAGUUAGAUCUCAUUCCUCUGCCGACAAGGCUUCCUAUUUCCCCUCUAUUAUUUUUCUCUACUUUUCUAGGGGAGGGGAGGGGAUUUGGGGGUGGGUGAUGGGUGACAGGAGAGAGUAUUCUUUCUACUGUAGAUCAACAUCCACUGUUCAAUGCCAUAAGCCAUGAACUUUUGAGUGAAACACUAGUACUGGAGUUGUGAUGUUAAAAACAUUGAAAAUUUUGCAUAAUGUUUGCUUGAUAGAUGACAUUGGGAUUGAGAGCUUGUUUGUCUUUAUGGAAAACUAUAAUGAAAGAAUCUUUUGGUUUCGAUAUGUCACUCCUUUUUUGUAUCAGCUGAUGCUACUGAAAGAGAGGAAGAGGAGUGUCUGCUAUUGUUGCUUGGAGUAAUAUUCCACUCAUUGAUUGAAGGACAAAGACAUCGAUGACAUUUGUGUUGGCCGUCGGCUGUUGCUGUACAGGUAAUGUGUUUUAUUCAGAAACUUGAGUAACAGAGAAACGUACAGAUUGUCAAAAUACAUUCCUUUCAAGUGAUGUUUCAUUUUCACUGUUUAACACAUACAUGACUCAUCUUUUAACUUUAUUUUGCUGAUUCAUUGGACUGUAAAUUUAGAAUUUUCUUUGUUUAAUUUCUUUAUUAACGGCAACAUGUUGAACGCAUGAUUCGUUCUUUGUAAAGAGAAACACUUCUCCAUUUAUUCAGGCAGACAGUGGUUUGGUGUAAUUCAAAAUUGCUGACUAACGUUGAUGUGUAUACUGUAUAGGUUCAGCUCAUAUGUUGUAUCUUGAAAAACUGUUGUAGAUAACAUGGAGCUAUCAGCAUCAGUUUACAAAGGUCGUGGCCAGGUCAUUUUCUGCUUAUUUAAGUUCUGUUCAUCUACCUUUUGGGUGUGAUUAAUAGCCAUUCCUUUAUCAUAACUACAUAAUAAUAUAUGUUACAUGUAAGGUGAACAAAUUGUUGAAUCAAAAUGAAAAAUAAAAUAAAAUUAGGAA